AUGAUAUCAUUCAUCACCAUCAAAAUACUCUCAAGUGUGUGUGUGUGUGUGAGUGAGGGAGAGAGAGAGAGAAGCGAGUUGAAAGCAGGCGAUCAUAUAUACACACGAAGAAUAAUUUACUCACACCAUGGCAUCUACGUCGGCGACGGCAAAGUGGUGCACUACGUCGGCUUGAAACGACUGCCGUCAUCGUCAUCAUCAUCAUCAUCGUCCUCAGCGUGGCUCUCGAGCUCGAGCUCGAGCGCGACGCCGCCGUGCUCCGUCUGCGAGGCAUUGGAUCAAAGAGAGCAUAAAAAUGGAGUGCUAAUUUCAUGUUUGGAUUGCUUCCUUAAAGGAGGAUGGCUGUACCGAUACGAGUACGGCAUGAGCAAGUGGGGCUACCCUAAGGGCACGUACAACGCCGCGGAAUCCGCGCCGGCGGAGGUCGUGACGGCGAGGGCGGCGCAGCUGCUUCAAGAUGGAUUCGGGGAGUAUAGCUUGAUGAGUAAUAAUUGUGAAGAUUUUGCAACCUUUUGUAAAAUUGGUCGACACUCUGGAAUCUAUGGUCAAGGCUCCGCCGCCGACGCUCCCUUACAUGCUCUAAGCCAUGUACCGUAGACUUCUUUAGUUUCGAGUUCACCGUCACAUAAUUUUCAAAUUAAUUAUUUUAAUGUUUUUGGUACAAAAACGAAAAUAUAGAGCUCUUUUUUUUUUUUUUAAAUCAUGUGUGUUGUUUAGUGGUAGAGUGAUUAAUGUUUGAAGUCAAAGUUCUCGAAUUCGAGUCUCUCGUAAUGUGCAACAAAAAUGUAAAUUUAUGUAUAUUUUGGUUUAAUUGAAAAUUCAGGAGAAAAUUACAAUUAUUUUCAAA